AUGCUGGGGAUCUGCGUGUGCCUCUGUGCGGUUUUCUCACAGGUUCUCCCUCAGCAGACCGAGGAGCCCGUCUCCUUCACAUGCACAGAGGGAUACAAGUAUGACAGAGUCAGGGAGCAGUGCAGAGACAUUGAUGAAUGUACACUAUUAGAUGAUGCCUGUAAAGGAGGAAUGCAGUGUGUCAACCACUUUGGUGGAUACCUCUGCCUGCCCAAGAGCGCCGUCAUCUACAUCACCAAGGAGGAGGGAGAGCAGGCGCCAGUGCCCGACCCGGUGCCCCAAGCCCCGGUGGUCCCGCCCAGCCAGCCUCAGCUCACACAGGUGCUCCCGGGCGUGUACAGGGGCCCGCACAGCAGCCAGACCAUCCGCUGCGCCCAGGGCUUCACCGCCGACGAGCAGAACCUCUGCAGAGAUGUGGAUGAAUGUGCAACAGGCAGACACACUUGUGGACCCGAGCAGACGUGCUAUAACACCAGAGGCUCCUUCAUGUGCCAGUGCACUCCCGGCUACCAGAGAAACGGAGACCGCUGUGUCGAUAGAGAUGAGUGCGCUCUGAGCCACUACUGUAUGCACAGAUGUGUGAACACCCAGGGUUCAUACUACUGCGAGUGCAACGCAGGCCACAUGUUGGCUAACAACAACCACAGCUGUGUUGAUGUGAACGAAUGUGAUGUGCAGAGCCCGUGUCAGCACCACUGCUACAACUUGAUCGGCUCCUUCCUCUGCCAGUGUGACCAAGGCUUUGAGCUGGCAGCAGACCUGGUCUCCUGUGAAGAUAUCGACGAAUGCAGCCUGUCCAGCUACAUGUGUCAGUACCAGUGCAUUAACACCCCUGGGAGUUACUCCUGUGAGUGUCCACAAGGAUAUCAGCUCCAGGGAAACAGGUUGUGCCAAGCGCUCACGUCUGUCUUUCUGUCCCAUCCAUCACCAGACAUUAACGAGUGUGAGACGGGGACCCAUGACUGCCAAGAUGACGAAAUGUGCUGGAACUAUUACGGAGGCUUCCGCUGCUAUCCCAGAAACCCCUGCGAGCCGCCUUACACCCUGACCUCUGAAAAUCGCUGCAUCUGUCGGUCUCAAACGGAGUGCCAGGGUCUCCCGCCGUCGAUCGUUUACAAAUACAUGAGCAUCCAGGCCGACCGAACUGUGCCGGCAGACAUCUUCCAGAUUCAGGCCACCAACGUGUUCGCCAACACACAGAACACCUUCAGGAUUAAAGCUGGGAAUGAGGCAGGAGAAUUUUAUCUUCGGCGCUCCAGCAAUGUGAGCGCCAUGCUGGUGCUCACCAAGCCACUGGCAGGUCCCAGGGAGUACGUAGUGGACCUGGAGAUGAUCACUCACCACCUGACCAUGAACUACCGCUCCAGCUCUCUGCUGCGGCUCACCAUCAUAGUGGGGCCCUACGCCUUCUAA